UAAAAGCAAUCCAUACACACAGUCCCUUCCACUGUCAAGCUUUGUACAAAAUUGUUUAGUUGUUUUCUGAUCGUAGCUAACGUUAACUAAAAAUGGUUACCACUCCAAAUAAACAAGUGACAUCAAAAUUCCAAAGUGCACACAAGCAGCAAGCAGCAUGCUUGAAGAAGUCGAGCUGUAUCAUCAAGCCGGUGCCGACAAUUCCACUGACGCCGGUGAAGCCCACCCAGCUGUCGCCCGGCAUGCGUAGCCUGUGGCGUAGGGUGAAAGCCAAUCAAUUGGGCAAGCUUUCACCGGCAUCACCUCCGGCCCCCUCAGCCGCGCCCGCACCAAAGCUUAUUGAGAAGAUGCCGGAAGACCCCCCACCCGGUGAGCCAGCCACAAAACCCGUCUUAGGCGCAAAGCCGGAGAAGGAGAAGCCUGUUCCGAAGUCAAAGACUUAUGUGGCAAGGCCACCGUUUAGGACCCGAGUUCCAAUAACUGCGGGAGGUGGAACCGCCGGCACUGCUCGCAAACUACAGGGCAUGAUGGUGGUGGACAACUCCCGACGCCUAAUGUUUCCACCCCCAGGAGCGAAUCCCUAUGCAGUGACCAGCCGGAUCUACCGACCCUCCACCUCGGGAGUGUUCGACUACGAUCUCUCUCCGGUGGAGAAGCGGGGCUUUGGUCACUGCCCGGUGGAUCCCAUGAAGUCAGUGCCGGCCACGGAGCUACAGUUGCUCCAAAGUGGCCAGCGUUCUUCAUAUCUGGAGAGGCGGUACGAGCGUAGUCCCGAUGACAAGUACAACUAUCCGGAGGCUACCAGCUGGCGUUACGGUUGGUUCCAUCGUCAGUCAGAUCCCUUCCAAAAGCGAGUACCUAGACGAGAUUAGCAGGAGUUAUAUGUAUAUAGGAAACUUUCGUGCGUCUUCAUUUUGCCUAGUGUUUUGUUUUGUGAUGUCUGUGGGAUUACAAAUAUAAAGUGUUUGUACCAAAUAUAUUUUUUCAUAUACUA